UAAUAAGAGGAAAAACAGCGGAGCUCGACUCCUUUUGGUGCCCUUGAUUGCUCAUAGCAGUGGUGCCAUGGGGCAGCUGGAUCUCAUGCAGCCGGAACGCCAAAUCCAGAUCCGUGGUAAACCGACUCUUAUCCUAUAUAUAGUUGUUGAGCCGGUAAAUUGGUGCCCUUUUAGAUCGAUGUAUGUAUGUAUAAGCUGGAAUAAAAGGCUCACUUCAAUGGCCAUAAGAACCGGGCCACCUUGCCAAGAAGAUGAUGAUCAUUAUCACGAUGGCAAGUAAGGGCGUAUUCAGGGACCGUACUUCCAGAGGACAUUUGGUGUCAUAUACAUUCACUAAUGACGCUGCGAGAUGCUGCCCGUGCUGCCUGUGUGUCUCUUGCCUUUCGACCUUCGUGGAGAUGCUACUAUCCCAACCUCACAUUUAAUAGUCAAACAAUAGGCUUAUCACGGGAUGACAUGCAUUUCACCCACAAAGUUGAUCAGGUUUUGGAACAACACUCAGGCAUUGGCGUGAAGACAUUUGAGAUUGAUUGCUCCUGCGGCAAGCUCAAGGCUUAUGAAGCCUAUGAAUAUCUCCAUAGGUGGCUUCAGAAAGUGGUUACACCGGGCAUUGAAAAACUCACCCUUGUGAUGCGUGAGAAUGAGCCAGUCUACUUCCCAUGCCCCGUUCUAUCCAAUGGGAAUGGAAGCUCGAUCUGGUAUCUUCAGCUUGUUAACUGUGUCUUCCGUCCUACAGUUAUUGGUUGCUUGGGAAACCUGACAGUGUUGCAUCUUGACUGUGUGCGAAUUACGGGGCUCCAUUUAGGGUGCCUUCUUCCCAGCUGUGUUGCUUUGGAGCAGUUGAAACUCAGGAGAUGCUACCAGAUAACUUACCUAAAGAUACCUUCCCGGCUGCAGCGACUCAGCUACCUGCAGGUGUUAGAAUGCCACAGAUUGCAGACGAUAGAGAACAAAGCUCCAAAUAUUAAUAGUUUUCACUUUAUAGGUGACCGAGUUGAGUUCUUACUUGGGGAGUCACUGCGAUUGAAGAAAUUAGACGUGCUAUGUUACCUCUUCCUCAGAUAUGCACUUGAUGAGCUUCCGUCCAUUGCACCGAAUCUUGAAACUCUUAGCAUAUAUUCAUGGUGUGAGGUAUAUUCCAAAACCUCUUGUGACUGA